GAUUAAGCCUCUCAUCAAUCAAUCGAUCAAAAUUUCCUCUUUUUUGUCUCCUUAAUUUCUCCAUUUCUCCCAUGGCUAAAUCCUUUUUAGCUUCCAACUUUGGUUUUAUGGCUUCAGCAAUGAUGCUCUUUGGCCUGCUAUUGGCAUUUUUCCAUCCCACUAGUGCCCAAGUAGGUGUUUGCUAUGGAAUGAUGGGCAACGACUUACCAUCAAAACCAGACGUUGUAUCUCUUUUCAAGCAGAGAAACAUAAGAAGAAUGCGACUCUACGAUCCAAACCAACCUGCUCUCCAAGCUCUCAAAGGCUCCGACAUUGAGGUAAUGUUAGGCCUCCCCAACGAUGAUCUUCCACGUAUCGCCGGCAGUCAAGCCGAAGCAAACACCUGGGUCCAGAACAACGUCAAAAACUAUGGCGACGUUAAGUUCCGGUACAUCGCUGUUGGGAAUGAGGUCCAACCUUCAGAUCCCAAGGCACGAUCUCUAUUCCCUGCCAUGCAAAACAUUCACAAUGCAAUCGUUGCUGCUGGGCUUAGUAACCAAAUCAAAGUUUCAACCGCCAUCGACACCAUCACCCUUGCAGAAUCUUCCCCUCCAUCCAAAGGGUCAUUCAAGCCUGAAUCCCGAGAGGUUCUGGACCCCAUCAUUGGCUUCUUGGCUAACAACCAAGCCCCAUUGCUUGUCAACUUGUACCCCUAUUUCAGCUACGAUGACAACAGCGUUAUCGAUCUACCAUACGCACUCUUCACUGCUCCAAACCCUGUUGUGGAGGAUCCCCCCUUGCGGUACAGUAACCUGUUCGAUGCCAUCUUGGAUGCAGUUUACUCCGCCCUGGAGAAGGCUGGUGGGGGUUCUUUGGAGAUUGUAAUAUCGGAAAGUGGAUGGCCUACCGCUGGAGGUAGGAAAAGGGCAGCAACAAGUAUUGAAAAUGCAAGAACCUAUAACCAGAACUUGAUCAACCACGUGAAAAAAGGGACGCCUAAGAAGCCUGGAAAGCCUAUAGAAACGUAUAUUUUUGCCAUGUUUGAUGAGAAUACCAAAACGGGCGAAGAAAUCGAAAAACACUGGGGACUUUUUCUUCCAAAUAGGCAGCCUAAAUACCAAAUCAAUUUUAACUAAAUAGCUGCACAGAAUCUGUAGAUGAAGGGCAUUUCAACCAUGCUAGCUAUUCUACUUUGCCAAUAAGAGCGUAUCACUUCUCCCUAGGAAGGGAGGGUAAACAAUGCAUCUAUCAAUUUCAAAAUACUAAUCAAAAUAAGAUGAUGAAAAUCAGUCCUAUUCAAAAUAAUAAGAUUAUCUCCUAUUUAGAUUACUUGCA